GAAGUGACUGUGGUUGGAGCACCAUCCAGAGCUAGUGACCAGUCCAAGGGACAAUUUGUGGGAGAAUCAAGGAUCCUCUCCGGAAUGUCUGUUUCUCGCUGGGCACAGGAUGAUGAAAGCAGCAGUGCGAAGCUCUUCCUCCCCUCCAUGAGAAAGAAGCCAGCUCUGGCCGAUGGCAGCAGUCCUGACGGCGACCUCCUCCAGGAACACUGGCUGGUGGAUGACAUGUUCGUCUUUGAGAACGUGGGCUUCACCAAGGACGUGGGCAACGUCAAGUUUCUGGUCUGCGCAGACUGUGAGAUUGGACCUAUUGGCUGGCAUUGCCUAGAUGACAAGAACAGUUUCUAUGUGGCCUUGGAACGGGUAUCCCAUGAGUAACUCAGGGGAGGGGCUCGGCUCCACCCCAACUAUAAAAGCUACUGCUCCCAAGAACUGGACCUAACCCGGAGUGACGGUCCUGCUGGCGCCUUCUCUGCCGACACAGAUCGCGGUGUCCACACAUGCGGCCCAGCCCUCCCAGGGCUCGGCCUGCUUCUCCAAAGCUUCGUGCGCACCUGUCGCGCAGCUCACUUUGCAUCGUGACGUCUCCUCCUCUCCCUUUCCCCACGUUUUAGGACGCUGGGUACUUCUGUAAAUUUCUCGUCGUCCUUGGCCUUCGUCCAGGGCUCUCUGUUACCCAGGGGUUCCCUUGCUUUCUGCUCAGGAAGAGCAGUCGUCAACUUUUAGCCACAGUGACACAUGACAGAUGUUGACCACGUGCUCUCUCAGGAAAGCCUACCCGUGUCUGAGAGCGACUUGCUUGCGCGGCUAACUUUAUCUACAGAAAUGUAUUCUCUUUGAAAGUGUAGUAUUUAUCAACUUCAGUGCUUAAACUAUUAAUCAGAAACCCCUCUGCUGCCCUGUGUGAGGGCCUCCGCUCUGGGCCGCUAGACCCCUUUCGCUGUGGAGACACAUGGCCCCUCCCCCCGCAGGUCUCCUCACCUUGGCAGCUUGCAGGUCGAUGAUCAGAUUUUCAACCUUGUCAGGCAGCCACCCCAAGGCCCCAUAUCUCUUGGAAUCACCGUAGUGUCUGUGGGGUGGAGGAGGGACAGGCCUUUGCCAUAUUCCACAGGAACUUGUAGGUUGGUCUUGGUUAGUGGGUGGUGACGCCAUUCAGUGAACCUGCUGGGCACGGUUCUCAGAGUUCGGACUCUGCUCCGACCCGGAAUACAGACUGUCCGUGCGCACGCCUCCGGCUGUGGGGUCGCUCUGACAGCCCAAUGCUUCACACUCGUUUAACCUUCCAGUGCAAUUUGCAGUGGUCCUGUCAUUUUUCCUCUGGAAUGACUCGCCUGAGAAGGAAUCUGGUGACCAGGUUCAAGCACCCUCAGUCACCCUACCUCUAAGGCCCAGGAAUCCUGGCACUGACAUGAGGACUAAAGAGAGACCGUACAAUCUGCAGUAUGCCACUGUGCAUCUGGUUUCUGGCUGCUUCCUCCUCCCUUCUCCCCAGAACUUACUCUAAGGGCUCCCCAACUAAAUGCAAGCAGCCUGCUCCCCGCUUUCCCAGGCAGAGCCUCAGUGAGCUCUAGCAGAAAGUGAGAGAACUGUUUUCCAGACAAACGGUCAAGUGUCUGUGAUUAUGGCAUCUGCAGAAGACCAGCUGUGAGUGAGAUUUAUCCACUCAGGUCCGAAGGAACAAAACCAAGGAGAUUCCUCGGGGGCGUGCGGCCCCUCCUCACACAGCCAAACCAGGCAAAGCAUUUUUUGAUUUUUCUUUCCUCCCGUGAUCACAGUAGUGGUACACAUUCGUUACAGAUAAAUACGAAAUGGGUAUAAACAUUUUCUUAAUCACUCAUAUUUCCACUGUCCAGAGACUGGUAACAAGAACGUGUAUAUUCUCCUCAGCGUUGUCCUACAAGUGUACGUAAAUGUAUGGUUUUGUAAAGCAUACUCUCUCACAGCUUGCUUUCCCAGUUAAGCAGACACUGACGUCUCAUGGCUGGUGUCCCCUCGUAUUUCUGUGCUGUGAUUCGUUGAAACAAUCCGCUGUUAGACCGUCUCAUGCCCAGUGUGGUGUAAUGUGCAGCCUGGGCAUAAGUCUGUGUACACACUCCUGACUCCUCGGCGUUCGUCACUAGGAGUAGGACAGCAGGGCACACAUGUCGAGGCUUCACUGUGCUGACGCAGACACCUCACAAACCGCUGUGAUAAGUCCCCCGCCUCCGGCAGUGAAAGCACUGCUCCCAGAACCUUUUCAACACUGGGUAUUUAUUGUCAUUGAAAGAAUAUUUUGCCACUUUAAUGAGAGAGAAAAAUAGUACCUUAUUGUUUGAUUUGCAUUUGUGUUAUUUCUAAUGAAAUUUUUAUAUACUUAUUGGUCAUUUGUAUUUCUUUUUUUGAGAACUGCCUCAAUAGCCAAAAAUAUCGAGUUGUUAUUCUUCCUUUUCAGUUUCACUUAAAAGAAAUAAAGGCAUUUAAACAGUGGAAA